AUGAAGGAGAGGAACAAAAGAAUGCUGGAGGCUACGGAAAUGGAUGCCCUGAGGCGAUUUACGAGGAUUUCACGGUUGGAUAGAGUAAGGAAUGAGGACGUUAGACAGAUUAUGGGACGAGCCGAUACAGUAAUUGAGGAAAUAGAACAAAGGCAGCUCUCUUGGUACGUCCAUGUGCAACGUAUGACAGAUCACAGAAUACCAAAACAGGCAAUGAACUGGAUCCCACAUCACAAACGCAAAAGAGAAAGACCAAAAAUUUCAUGGAACCAGGGAAUACAGAAAGCGAUGAGUGUCAGGAGCCUGCGUGAAGGCCAGUGGGAAGACCGGAGACAGUGGCGUCUAGAUAUCGGACAACGUCGAAGAACGUUUUAA